AUGGCUGCAUACUGCGCGGCGCCAGACAAGAGGGCCGCGGGAAGGGAGCCGCUGAGGGGAGGCUGGGAGGGCCGCGCCUCCGCCACCCACCCCUGCCGCAGCCCGGACCGCCUGCGGCCCCCUGUCUACAGAUCCCUUUGUGCCCUUGAUGCAUCCCGCCCCUGCUGCGGCCGAGGCGCCGCGCCCGCGCCGUGCGGCAAGGCCCGCGGCGGGGGCCGAGCGCGCGGGCCGGCCGCCUCCGGCCGCGCGCGGCCGCCAUGGCGGCGCGGCUGCCUCAACAGCGCGGGGCGGCGCGGCGCGGUGGCGCCUGAGGGGGUGCGCCCUCCGCGCUAG